AUGUCAUAUGUUCUAACCGAAACAUCAGCUGGUUAUGCCCUUCUAAAGGCCUCAGAUAAAAAAAUCUACAAGUCCACCACUUUGCUCAGUGACCUAGAUAGUUCUGAAAAAGUUCUAAAAGAAUUCAAGAUUGCAGCUUUCUCUAAAUUUAGCUCUGCCGCUAAUGCUUUAGAAGAAGCUAACUCGAUCAUAGAGGGUAAAGUUUCUUCCCAAUUAGAGAAAAUAUUAGAACAAAUUAAGAAAGAUAAGAAGUCCACUUUAAUUGUAAGUGAAACCAAAUUAGCAAAUGCCAUUAAUAAAUUAGGUUUAAACUUCAACGUCGUUUCAGAUGCUGUUACUUUAGAUAUCUACAGAGCUGUUAAGGAGCAUUUACCUGAACUAUUACCUGGUUUAAACGAUUCUGACUUGAGCAAGAUGUCUCUUGGUUUAGCUCACUCCAUUGGUCGUCACAAACUAAAGUUUUCCGCAGACAAGGUUGACGUUAUGAUUAUCCAAGCCAUUGCCUUAUUGGAUGACUUAGACAAAGAACUAAACACAUAUGCUAUGAGAUGUAAGGAAUGGUAUGGCUGGCACUUCCCAGAACUAGCUAAAAUAGUGACUGACUCUGUCGCUUACGCUAGAAUUAUCUUAACAAUGGGUAUUAGAUCCAAGGCUGCUGAAACUGACAUGAGCGAAAUUUUGCCAGAAGAAGUUGAAGAACGUGUCAAGACCGCCGCUGAAGUUUCCAUGGGUACUGAAAUUACUCAAAGUGAUUUGGAUAACAUUAAAAGUUUAGCUGAACAAAUUGUAGAAUUUGCUGCCUACAGAGAACAAUUAUCCAAUUAUUUAUCUAACAGAAUGAAAGCCAUUGCUCCAAAUUUAACUCAAUUAGUUGGUGAAUUGGUAGGUGCCAGAUUAAUCGCUCAUUCCGGUUCCUUAGUUUCUUUGGCAAAGUCUCCUGCUUCCACCAUUCAAAUCUUAGGUGCCGAAAAGGCUCUAUUCAGAGCUUUAAAGACUAAGCAUGACACUCCAAAGUACGGUUUACUAUAUCAUGCUUCAUUAGUUGGCCAAGCUACUGGUAAGAACAAGGGUAAGAUUGCGAGAGUUUUAGCCGCUAAAGCUGCUGUUUCUCUUCGUUACGAUGCCUUAGCAGAAGAUAGAGACGACUCUGGUGAUAUUGGUCUAGAAUGUAGAGCUAAGGUCGAAAACAGACUAUCACAAUUAGAAGGCAGAGAUCUAAGAACCACUCCAAAGGUUGUUCGUGAUGAAAAGAAGGUCGAAAUAACUGAAACCAAGAGUUACAAUGCUGAUGCCGAUGCUGUCAGCGCUGUUGCUGAGGAAGAAUCUGAUUCUGAUGACGAAGAAAAGGAAGAGAAGAAGGAAAAGAAGAGAAAGAGAGAUGAUGGUGAUGAUGCUGAAAAGAAGGAAAAGAAAUCCAAGAAGGAAAAGAAGGAAAAGAAAGACAAGAAGGACAAGAAGGACAAGAAAGACAAGAAACAUAAAAAAUCCAAGAAGGAAAAGAAAUAG